UGAGUUGGAAGGCCAGCCUGGGCUACAUGAGACCCUGUCUGUAAAGAAGACACACAAGUUGUUAUCAUGAGUGAAGUGGGGCUGCCUAUGUGGGAGAAACUAGCCCACACCACAUGCCACUCCCCAUCCCAACUUCCCCUUCUGUCUGCACUGUCUCUACAGUUUCCCAAGCACCCUUGGCUCCACCCCAAGGUUCAACUCCAGUUGCCUUUCCUGUACGGCCUAACCCAUCUCAGGGAGCAGGGUGCUGUGGGUCCUCCCUGGCAGAGGGCAGGCCCACUGACUUGGCUGAAGUCUAGGUUCUGUUCCCAGCUCUCGGGAGAAAAGACUUAAUUAUGGAAGGUAGGGCUGUCCAGCUGGUCCUGGGCAGCCUCUGUCUGUACAGAACCUCUGCUCACAUGAGUCACAUCCUGAGGUGCUGGGCCCCGGGCAUUUCCCGCUGCCAUCCCCAUGUGCUCCCCCAAGUGUCCUGAAGCAGCAGUCAGAGCAGUGCUUGGUCUGUGUCAGGAGGAGACAGGCACCUCUGAGGCCAUCACUUUGUGUGAUGUGGUCACGUGGCUCCUAGGACCCUGCCUCUUUUGGUGUUUCCUGCUAGAAGUCUGCGAGUGUGACGUUUGUUUCUAGAACAGCUCAGGAAAGUCCCUGUGCCCCACAACCCAGGCUCGUUGGGCUUUGGGGCGAUCCUCUUGCCUCAGCUUCCUGAUUGCUGAGAUGACAGGUCUGUGCCUGAGCCCAGCACUAAUGCUGUCCUUUUCUCUUUCCAGCUCCUGGGGACCCACAGCACAGGCUCUCUCUCUGCCCCUGUUCUGAGAAUCAAGUGCCACUAAGAUGUCAAACCCAUUCCUGAAACAAGUGUUCAACAAGGACAAGACAUUCAGGCCCAAACGCAAGUUUGAGCCUGGCACGCAGCGCUUCGAGCUACACAAGCGCGCACAGGCAUCUCUGAACGCGGGGCUGGACCUGCGGCUGGCUGUGCAGCUGCCGCCGGGCGAGGAUCUCAACGACUGGGUGGCCGUGCACGUGGUGGACUUCUUCAACCGCGUCAACCUCAUCUACGGUACCAUCAGCGACGGCUGCACCGAGCAGUCGUGUCCGGUCAUGUCCGGGGGCCCCAAGUACGAGUACCGCUGGCAGGACGAGCAGCGCUACCGGAAGCCCACAGCGCUGUCCGCACCCCGCUACAUGGACCUGCUUAUGGACUGGAUCGAGGUGCAAAUCAACAACGAGGACCUUUUCCCCACUAAUGUUGGCACACCGUUCCCCAAGACCUUCCUGCAGGCAGUGCGCAAGAUCCUGUCGCGGCUCUUCCGCGUGUUCGUGCACGUGUACAUCCACCAUUUUGACCGCAUCGCACAGAUGGGCUCCGAGGCGCACGUGAACACCUGCUACAAGCACUUCUACUACUUCGUCACCGAGUUCAGCCUCAUUGACCCCAAAGAGUUGGAGCCCCUGAAGGAGAUGACAUCGCGGAUGUGUCACUGAGGGCCUCCUGGCUGCGGAGACUCGAGGAGAGCUCUGUGCUGCAGUUUCUCAGGAGCAUUCCACCCUCAUGCCAUCGUCUGAGGAGCAACGAGGCCAUGGCUUCCGCCCUCUCGUGGUGACUGUGAGCUCUUGGACUCUCACCGGUCCCCUUGCCAGCAGCCAGGGGCUGAACUUGAAUUCCGGAUACUGUGCUUUCAGCCCCUGGGUUUACACUGUGUUUGUACCAUGGCCUCUGGCAGGAGGCGGGGUCUGGAGACAUUGCUAACCACCCCUUGUCCCUUCCCCUUACACAUGCCGGCCUGGUCUCUGUUUACAGCCACAUUGUGUGAGUGACCACAUAGGCAGCCGGCCAGCGUACCUCCAGAGAUGUGCUAAUGUGCCAUGCCCUGCCCUGCCCAGCCCUGCCGAGGAAUUGUGGGGCUCUUCUGAGUGCCACCCUCUCUGGCACCCCAGGACUCCCAGGAUUGGGUGUUCUGAGGAGCCUUUGCCUGUCAGAAUGUACACACCGCAUGCGUGCCUGUGAUCCCAGAACUCUGCAGGCAGCUGCAGGAGGAUGGCUACAAACUCACAGCCACCCUGACCUCCACAAUGGGCGUCAGGCCAACCAGGGUCCCAGAACAAGAUUGUCUUAAAAACUGUGAAGGAGCCAGGCAGGGUGGCAGCCACCUUCAAUCAGGAGACAGAGGCAGGUGAAUCUGUGAGUUCGAGUCCAGCCUGAUCUACAGAGCAAGUCCAGGGUAGCCAGGGCUACACAGUGAGACCCUCAAACAAAAACAAAACACGAAACAGAAAUGGUAACACAGGGAGGUGUUGGCUGCCUGAGUGUGAGUACACAGGUGUGACCCCCACACCCCUGGGGGAGCCUUGGUGGCAGACAUGGGGCGCUGGGGGCUGAGAGGGAGAACCAGGCAGCUGCACCAGCCCAGCAGGCAGCUGCACAGAUGCACACACAGAGCAGCUCCGCUGUGUCUCUGUUUUUACAUUGUUGGUUUGGGUUUUGAAACUGGUCUGGAACUCACAGAGAUCCUCCUGCCUCUGCAUCCCUACUGCUCAGUUAAAGAUGUAAGACACCAAACCCAGUCCAUUCAGAAACAUUUUUUGAUUUUUUGGUUUUGUUUUUCUUUGUUGUUUUUUGUUUUGUUUUGUUGGUGUUUUUGAGACAGGCUCUCACUGUGUAUCCCUGGCUGUCCUGGAAAUUAUUUUGUAGACCAGGCUAGCCUCCAGCUCAUAGAGAUCCACCUCCCAAGUGCAAGCCAGCCCAACUUUUAACUGGUCUCUAGUGCCCGCCCUCCUGAGAACAGUGUCGGGCCCAUCCUGGAAUCCAGUGAUGAACUCACAUGUGGCUGCCACCCUGGCAUCUGCGGUGCCUGGAAGGUGGCAACAGGGACCUUUCUCUCUUCAGUGGCAGCCUAUCCUGUAGCAAAACUUCAUGUGUUGUGUGGCUCCUGUGGGCCCUCUCUGCCAUAUCAUGGAGGGUGUAGCAAGAUGUGACUGUCCCCAGCUCCAGCUUUGAGCCUCUUGGCCCUUCCCUGAAACCCUUGGGUCUUUCCAGAAGUUACCACAUCCAAUGCCCAGCUCCGGAAAAACCCAGGACCAGCCCUCAAGGCUUGACUGAAUGUAUCUCUCACUGCAAGACUUGGCCACCAUGCCGAAUCCCAGCAGCCCACACAGCAGCCCAGGGAGGGGUCCACCUGCCUCACUCCCACCUCCAUACAAGCCUAGAAUAAAGUGGUCCUCUCCAUACUG